UCCUCGCCUGUCCAUCGUCGCCGGGAUGUUCGUUUCCUGCGAUGGCUCCGCGCGCCCUGAAUUCAAAGGCUGCACGCUCCUGACGCCAGCUGUAUCAGUGGGGAAUGUUGGCCAGCUGGCUGCUGAUUUAGUCAUUUCCACACUUGGGAUGACCAAAGUUGGUUACUUUUAUACUGAUUGCCUUGUGCCAAUGGUUGGAAAUAAUCCAUAUUGGACAUCGGAAGAGAAUGCAACAGAACUGUGUACAAAUGCUGAGGUGUAUGCAAUGCCUUCUAAAGAGCUAGUGGUUCUACAGAUCAGAUCACCAUUCAUAAAGAAUAAAUAUAGGCACUUCUGUCGUGUGUUUCUGUCCUGGGUGAAAAGCUACGGCUUUACCAAAGUUGUUCUUUUGUCCAGCAGUCAUGCUUACCAGCGAAAUGAUCAUCAACUUCACACUACCUCACUGCGGUACUUGCUUUCGCCUGCUGUUCAGAAAACAGUUCGAGAUCUCAUGCAAAAAUUGAACUGGAGAGAACUGGAGAAAGUGGCAGCUUUCCCUGAAGUAAAUGAUGAUGAGAAAGUGCUCCACAUUCCGGGAGGCGGCAUCACAAAGCUGUUGUUUACUGAAAGUUGUUCAGAAGGAAUUCAAAUGGUGGUUUUGCUGAAAUUUUGCUCAGAGGGAGACAACAUCCCAGAUGCACUGGUUCUUGCUGACUAUCUUAAUGAAUGGCUUCAAGUAACAAACCAACAGAGUGGAAGUUCUGCUAAAUCUUCCAAAUGGAAAACACCAAGUUCCUGGAAACUCCUCUUUGGCAGCGGCCUCCCACCUGCGUUGUUUUAGAUUCAUUUAUUUAUAGCCAACUUGUACAAAAAUUUGAAGUUUUCUGUUUUGAUUUUGAUAUAAGCAGCAAUUGCCACUGUGUAACCUUGUA